GUGAACGUGUUAUUUAUUGCCGGUGUGUGUUCUUUAUCAAUCCCCGGUAACUCUAAUGUCUACUCAGGUUUUAUCUGCGCGGCCACGGAACGGCGCGAACGCGGAGGAAAGCCAACGAUAUUCCGGCACUUCCGCCUGUCUCGCAACGGCUGGUUACCGUUCAGCUAAAUACACCCCGGAUGACUGGUUCUCUAACAACCGUGCCGUGCUCAACCGGGCCGCCACCGAGAGCGCGAGCGCCUUGAAGAUCCAGCGCGUGUCUAAGGCCCUCCGUGCGGAGACCGAGGCUACCGGCGCGCUCCUGCAGACCGACGGCACCAGGCAUCUGGGCGAGCGCCUGCAGAACAUCCACGUCCUGAGGUCGGAGCUGGAGAGUCACAUCGCGCGUCUGCUGGCGGACACCGAGCGGCUCGUGACGCUGAAGCGGAGGCUGGAAAAAGCGCUGCACGCCACCGAGAUCCCGUUCGCCAUCGCCACGGAUAACCUGAUGUGCAGAGAGAGACGCUCAGGACCAGACCUGGUUCAAGACCGAGUGGAGGAAGAACUUCUCAAAGAAGUGGAUCUGAUUAAGAGCAUCCAGGCUCUGCUGAAGAAAACUCUGGAUCAAACUGUCAGUCAGAUCCGGCUAAACAGGAACGCUCAGCAGGUUCUGGAACUUGACUGGUCUGAUAAACAUGAAGCCUACAGUCUGGACGAUGAGUGUGGACGCUAUCGCAACACCAGCACAAACACACAACAUCAUGCCAACUCAGCUACAGCACAACAUCUAGUGUGUGAUGUGGACGGGUGGAUGGGGUUCACUCACAGUAACGUGGCUCAGGCUGUGCGUGAGGAGGAGGCGAGUGCGGCGCUGUGUGUGUUGUGUGAGCGCGUGCUGCAGGAGACUGCUGAGGACCUGCAGGCUCAGAGUGACACAGUGAGCGAAGCUUUCACAGAGCGCUGCCAUGAGCUUACACACACCAAGAGGGAGCUGGAGCUGCAACUUAAACAGGUACUGGAGCAGAUCACGUCUCAGGAGAGAAAUAUUAGCGCUCUGCAGCAGGCCGUGUUUGAUAAAGAGGCUCCUCUGCGUGUGGCUCAGACUCGUUUGCACACCAGAGCACAAAGACCCAACAUGGAGCUGUGCAGAGACCAACCUCAGAUCAGUCUGCUGAGUGAGGUGGAGCAGAUCUCAGGCGGUGUGUGUGUUCUGCAGCAGCAGUUGUGUGAGGCGCGUAACUCUCUCGCUCGGCUGGAGGAGAACAGGAUGCUGCUGGAGAAAGACAUUGGCUGUAAAACCCACUCGCUGCUCAUCGACCGGGAGAAGUGUAUAAAGCACCGUACACUGUACCCCACUGUGCUCACUCUGUCUGGAUACUGACACACUCACACACACACUCACACACACUCACACUCACACACACACACACACACACACACACACACACACACACACACACACACACACACACACACACACACUCACACACACACACACACACACACACACUCACACACACACACACACACACACACACACACACACACACACACACACACUCACACACACACACACACACACACACACACAUGCACACACACACACUCACACACACUCACACACACACACACACACACACACACUCACACACACACACACACACACACAUGCACACACACACACACAAACACACACACACACACA